CACUUUUCUACAUGAUUUCUCUCUCUCUCGCGAGAAAUCCCGUCUUGCUAUUUAAACUCUUUAACGACGCAGAGGAAAAGCCUUCUCUUUCAGGACAACUUUACCAAAUAAGUCAUGUUCGUAAAACUGACAGAAGGGGCAGUUGAAGCCUUGUCCCAGGGAACCCCCGUCACCAACCCUGAGCUGCAGCUGCUGAACAUGCGUCUAAUCAAUAAUCCCUCGGGCCUGCCCAGGUUCCGGCUUGCGAUGAGCGAUGGUCAGCACUCUUCGUCUUCGUUCAUGCUAGCCACCCAGUUGAACCAUCUGCCUGAAGAAAACCUCCUGGCACCAAACUGUGUGUGCAGGUUAAAGAAGACCAUGCCCACCACACUCGCAGAUGGCAGAAUUGUUGUGGUUGUGCUCGACUUGGAGAUAUUGAAGUCCGCAGAAGAAAUUGGAGAAAAAAUUGGAAAUCCUACUCCAUAUAAAAAUGAUGGGAAGAAGUCAUCUCCAGAGAAAGUUUCAUCAACUGCUUCUGAACACCAGUCUCCUUCAUCUGGUGCAGCAUGUCAACCGUUCUCUCGGUAUAACAGCGCAGCCUCUUCAUCUCCUCAAGGAAGUGGAAGAGGUUUCACCCGAACAACAGUCAUGAGUGCUUCAUCCACAACGGCCUCACCCAUGAAAGUCUCACCCAUGAAGGCCUCCCCAAUGAAGGCCUCACCCAUGAAAGUAUCACCCAUGAAGGCCUCACCCAUGAAGGUUUCCCCCGUGAAGGGCUCUCCCAUGAAAGUCUCACCCAUGAAGGGCUCUCCCAUGAAGGCAGGCAGCAGUUCUCCAGAUUCUUUAGCAAAAGUCCUCCCCAUUGCUUCCCUCAACCCCUACCAAAGCAAGUGGACUAUCAGAGCAAGAGUCACCAACAAGUCCAACGUCCGUAACUGGAGUAAUUCUAGAGGAGAAGGAAAGCUCUUCUCGUUUGAGAUAGUAGAUGAGAGUGGAGAAAUCAAGGUUACUGCAUUCAACAAGGAAGUGGAAAAGUUUUUCUCCCUGUUGGAGCAAGGAAAGGUGUACUACAUCUCAAAGGCUUCACUGAAAGUUGCCAACAAGCAGUACAACACACUGAAGAACGACUACGAGAUGACCCUCAACUCUUACUCAUCUGUCGUGCCGUGUGACGACAGCCAGGGCGUCCCCACGGUGCAGUGUGACUUUGUGCCCAUAGGAGAGCUGGAAAACCGGGACAAAGACGCCAUCAUUGAUGUGAUUGGAGUGUGCAAGAGUGCAGAGGAGGUCUCCCGAAUCACCACUAAGACCAGCAGGGAAGUCUCCAAGAGAGCCCUCACACUGAUGGACACAACGGGCAAAGAGGUGACGGUCACACUGUGGGGAGAGGAGGCAGAGACAUUUGAUGGCUCUGGGGAGCCCGUGAUCGCCAUCAAAGGCGCUCGCUUGUCUGAUUUUGGGGGCCGAUCUCUCUCUGCUCUGUUCAGUUCAACAGUCAUGGUGAACCCAGACAUACCGGAGGCCUUUAGACUGAGGGCCUGGUAUGAUCGGGAGGGCUAUGCGGUCGACAGCCAGUCGCUGACGGACACCAGGUCAACAAGAACCGGAUCAAAUAUGAACUGGAAGAAGCUGAGUGACGUGAAGACUGAAAACUUGGGACACGGAGCGAAGGCUGAAUAUUUCAGCUGUGUGGCAACAGUGGUGUAUAUACGCAAGGAGAACUGUCUCUACCAGGCCUGUCCAUCUGCAGACUGCAACAAGAAGGUCAUCGACCUGCGGAAUGGCCAGUACCGCUGCGAAAAGUGCAACAGGGAGUACCCCGACUUCAAAUACAGACUCCUACUUUCUGCCAACCUGGCAGACUUUGGAGAUAACCAGUGGGUGACGUGCUUCCAGGAGACAGCAGAGACGCUCUUAGGUCUCACGGCAGAAAGACUGGGACAGCUCAAGGAUGAAAAUGAGAUGGAAUUUGACGAGGUCUUCCAGAAAGCCAGCUUCACCACUCACGUCUUUAAAAACCGAGUCAAGCUGGAGACAUAUAACGAUGAGUGCCGAGUCAAAGUAACGGUAUUGGAAGUCCUUCCUGUGGACCACAGAGAAUACAGCAGGAGGCUGCUCGGCAGCAUCCGCAGCUUGGCUUGCUGAGCCCUGUUGCUCAUCCAAAUGGUGCCUGGUAAUUACAAGUGUUUGGCUGCUUUCAGACUCUUUCCAACUGCAAGAUAACAUCAUGUUCGACUAAAGCAGCAGAGGAGCAGAGUGAGUCAGGAGCUUUAAAGACAGCCAAGGACGUGGCAUGUAGUUGCUCACUUUGUGAUGCAAGCUUGUAGUGAAACAAAGAAAAUGGAAAUACCUUUUAUUUUAUAACGUUUAGACAUUUUAUUUGGUUUCUGCUCAUUAUGUCUGUGUUAAAAGGGGAUUUCCUUUAGGAGAUAGGAGAUUUCUGGUGUGAAAUGUGUAUGUUAGUUAGUCAAGUAAGACAUAAACAAGUGUGUAUUUUAAAAUAAGGAAAGUGUGUAUGAUGCAUGGAAGGGAGUUUUCAAACUGUUUUUACUGCUUAAAAUGUUACUACUUUUCUGUGUGUUUUUAUGUUAUUUCUGUUCUUCCAAAAGAAUACCAGAUAAGAAACAAGGUAAUUUGCUGGUUUAAUAAUUGUUUCUUCUAAAAAUAGUAAUAAUAAUAAUAAAUAGUAUCUUGGCAAGGCAUUAUUGGUCUUUGUACAUUUCUGAAGACGUUGUACACAUUUUUAAGUGUUUGACAACUUACUCAAAGUGAUAACAGUAAGUCAUUGGAAAAACUAAUUGAAUUAUAUUUCCUCUAAAUUGGUUUUAUGCAAAGAACUUCCAUUAUAAAGGGCUCAGAAAUAAUAAUAAUAAAAAAGCUAU